GCCCAGGCUGCGCCCCAUGUGGACGCGGCGGAGGCGAGAUGAGGGCGCUGGCGCUGCUGCCGCCCGCGCUGCUGACCUGCUGCGGCUGGCUGCUCGCCCCGGUGAGCAGCGUUCACCCCGAGUGCCAAGUUCACCUGGAAAUGCAGGAGGAGGAAGCAAAAUGUGCCGACCUCCUCACGGCCCAGCCAGGGGCUCACAAAGCCUGCAGCGGCGCCUGGGACAACCUCACAUGCUGGCGCCCCGCGGACAUCGGCGAGACCGUCACGGUGCCCUGCCCUGCGGUGUUCAAGGUGUUCAGCAGCCUUCACGGCAAACCAGGGAACAUCAGCAAGAACUGCACAAGCGACGGGUGGUCGCAAACCUUCCCGGACUUCAUGGACGCGUGCGGCUACCGUGACCCCGAGGACAGGAGCCAGAUCACCUUCUACGUCCUGGUGAAGGCCACCUACACCCUGGGCUACAGCGUCUCCCUGGCUUCCCUGGCCACAGGCAGCAUCAUCCUCUGCCUCUUCCGGCGGCUGCACUGCACCCGGAACUACAUCCACCUCAACCUGUUCCUCUCGUUCAUCCUGAGGGCCAUCUCAGUGCUGGUCAAGGACGGUGUGCUGUACUCCGGCUCCAGCACCCUGCACUGCCCCGACCAGCUGGCCUCCUGGGUGGGCUGCAAGCUGAGCCUGGUGUUCUUCCAGUACUGCAUCAUGGCCAACUUCUCCUGGCUGCUGGCGGAGGGGCUGUACCUGCACUCCCUGCUGGCCGCCAGCUUCUCCCGCGACCGCAGUCUCCAGACCUACCUCCUCAUCGGGUGGGGCAUCCCCGCCGGAUGCACAGCCGCGUGGGCCGUGGCCAGGCUCUGCUUGGAAGACACGGGUUGCUGGGAUACCAACGAGCACAGUGGCCCCUGGUGGGUGAUCCGAACCCCAAUUCUAAUCUCAAUUCUCGUCAAUUUCAUUCUGUUUGUGAGUAUCUUGCGGAUUUUACUGCAGAAGCUCACGUCCCCAGAGGCCAGAGGCAGCGAGCAGUCGCAGUACAAAAGGCUGACCAAGUCCACGCUGCUGCUCAUCCCGCUGUUCGGCGUCCACUACGUGGUGUGUGCCGUGCUGCCCACGGACGCCUCCGCCCGGUUCCAGCUGCUGUGGGAGCUGUGCUUGGGCUCCUUCCAGGGCCUGGCGGUGGCGGUUCUCUACUGCUUCCUCAACAGCGACGUGCAGCACGAGCUGCGAAGGAAGUGGCAGAGCCUGUGUCCGCGUCAGCCCUCUGGACGGGGCGGCCGGCUCCACAGCCUGUCCAUCUCCAGGACCGGCUCGGAGAGCACCCUGCCUUCCCACCGCGGCCCCCACACCCCGGCCUUCCUUCAGACGGAGACCUCGGUCAUCUAGCCGGCCGACGCGCCCGGGAGCCGGGGAGCCAGCACCGCUCGGCGCAGGUCUCCUCGUGGCUAAGCUGUUCCCUAGCAGCUGCUUGUUCGUCGCUUGGCCGUAUGGACGGACCCAUUUACAAAGAGAACAACGGGGACCAAGUGACCCGAGCAAGAGGCGCGGCCCCUGCCGGGAAGGCUCCGCCUGGACAUCGUCCUCAGAGGGAGCGGCCCCCGCAUGCCAUCCCUGCCCGCCCGGUCCCCAGGCUGCGCGGCUGCGGGCACCGGAGCCGGCGAGGACCUCUCCUGCUUCCAGGCCACAGCGCGGGAGCAGCGUGCUCCGGGUCCUGCGUUAGGGGGCUCCGCCCUGAGGGACACCGUGCGCUCCUCCAGGCCCUCCCCCGCGGCCGGGCGUUGGGCAGCAGACACGGGAGAAGGGCUCCUGAGGAAAGCAGCCCUGCCCUCUCCGUGAGGGCAGGUCUUACUGCGAGGACAGCGCUCUGAGGCCUCCGUGCACGCGGGGCGGCCGCCCGCCCGCCGGUGAGCCUGGAGGCCGUCCGGGAGCGGCCACAGGCGGAGGGAGAGGGCGGUGCGGCCACCCCCGGGGAGCACCUGGCCUGCUGCGCCCCUUACACACGCCCCUCUCCUUCCACCUGGGAGCGCGGCCACAGGGAUGGUGGCGGGAGCGGCCGGGCGGUCUGCACCCAGACACCCUGAGCCGGGCCCUCUCGCCGGCCGGGGUCACAGACGGUGUUCGCCCGCGCCGGGCUGUGCCUGGGUCACGGCGGACACAGCUUCCCUCGGCGUCAUCGCGGCCCUGAGAGCCGCACAAGCCUCCUGCCCGGGAACGGAGGGCGCUUUGCUGGUAGUUGACAGGAGACGUGACCAGCCGCUGUAUCGUUUUAAAAUGUAUAUGUGUGUGUGCCUGUGUAAACAGCUCAGUAAACCUGUCAUAUCUGCCCGUGUGUCAGAAGCCCCUUGGAGCCCUGGGCCUCACGCUGAGGAGGGACGACCCCCGUCUGAGGCCGCCCGGACGAGGGAGCGGUCGUGGGCAUGCUCCUGCGUGGCCUCGGAAAGGCCGCCGCCCGUGCUGCUGCAGCUGACGGGCGUACGCGGGGCGGCUGCUCAG